GGCGCCUGGGCGGGCGCUGGGCGAGCGCGAGGGGAGUAACGGUUCUGGGAACGAGGAGCUGCUCCCCCGCGGAGGGCGGCGUGGUCGCCGGUGUCACCAGCCAUCCUCCCGUAGCCUUCUGUCGGCGGUUCCCCUCGGGGGGCAGCCUGCGUGCCUGUGUGGCCAAGGGAUAGGGAGGGAGAGGCCUUGCUAGUUGCUGGGGGCUUUUUGUUUUGGGGGGUUGUUUGCUUCACCCUCGGCCUGUCUGUCUGUCCUUCAGCCGGAUUCCUUGGGAGUAAAAAAUAAUAAUUCUACCAGGUUUGCCCUCAUCCCGCAGCGCUUCGUGCCCAGGCCUUGCAGGGAGUCUGGAGUUUUGGUGGCGGAGAAAAAGGUUGGUUCUUCGUUGUGAGACGUGAACUGGGGGUGAGAAAAGGCUGCCCUCGGUCACUUGUAACUAAGGAGUCUUCGGGUCCCCGACCUUCCACGCUCAUACCGGCUUUGGAGAGAAAGUACCUGGUGGGGACCCCGGAACCCAAGAGUCCUGCAAGUCCAGCCCUGCCUCAGCCUGGGGCUCCUUACCUAUGAGGGUGAAUAGCAUCCCACUCAGUUCUCACCAGCUCCGGUCUGUAUGCGCGUGACAUUUAUGAAGAUAACGAACCAUACAAUCACUCCUGCCUCGUCACAAAAGAAAGGCAAGAAGGUUCUAUUUCCUUAAACCCUCCUCCAAAACAUUUAACUCGACCCUAAAUCUGAAGAGCCCUGCUUUACAUCCUGAUUGACUGGGAUGUGUAUUCUGUCUUCUUCUGAUGAGUGGUAACCUCAACCUGUGCAGCUUGCAGGAAUUCUUGAUCUUUGGCUAAAAUACACUGACAAUUCUUUCUGUCUUAUCUGUACCAACUAUUUGUAUGGAGUGGACAACAUACAGUGAGGUAGAAGACAUACAUGAGUAGUGGGGCUGAGAAGACAGCCCAAGCCCUCUUCCUUUCGUACAGCCUGAUACACUACUAUAGACUCCUAGCUUCAUAGCCACCACCCAGCAGACAGCCUGCACAGCCGCAUGGCAAGCAUCUCCAGGCAGCAACUGACAGCCAUCCUCAACUGCUCCCUGCCCAUCCCAAACAGCCCGUUCUUUGCACAUCCAGUGUGAGGUCCCCCAGCUAUAAGGCACCAUGUCUGAGUUCAACUGCCACUACUGCCAGGGUCCCUUGCAGGGAAAGAAGUAUGUGCAUAGGGAGGACUACAACUGCUGCCUGGAGUGUUUUGACAAGUACUGUGCCAAUACCUGUGAGCUGUGCCAUAAGCUCAUAAGUGUAGAUUCCAAGGAGGUACAUUAUAAGGACCGCUACUGGCACAACACCUGCUUCCGUUGUGACAAGUGCCUUCAGCACUUGGCCAAUGAGACCUUUGUGGCCUGGGAGAACAAGAUCCUGUGCAACAACUGUGCCAUUCAGGAGACCUCCCCCAAAUGCACAGGGUGCCUAGAGCCUAUUGUGGCAGGAGACCAGAAUGUGGAGUACAAGGGCACCAUCUGGCAUAAGGACUGCUUCACCUGCAGCAGCUGCAACCAAAUUAUCGGGACCCAAAGUUUCUUCCCUAAAGACGAUGAGUUCUACUGUGUAGCUUGCCAUGAGGCCAAGUUUGCCAAGCACUGUGUGAAGUGCAACAAACCCAUCACAUCAGGAGGAAUCAGUUACCAGGAUCAGCCCUGGCACUCUGAGUGCUUUGUAUGUGUUUCCUGCUCUAAGGAGCUGGGUGGGCAGCGCUUCACCGCGGUGGAUGACCAGUAUUAUUGUGUGGAAUGCUACAAGAACUUUGUGGCCAAGAAGUGUACUGGAUGCAAGAAUCCCAUCACCGGCUUUGGUAAAGGCUCUAAUAUGGUAACUUACGAAGAAAAAUACUGGCAUGACUACUGCUUCAACUGCAAAAAGUGCUCUGGAAAUCUGGCCAACAAGCGUUUCGUCUUUCACGAAGAGCAGGUGUAUUGUCCCGACUGUGCCAAAAAGCUGUAACUUGACAAGGGCUGCGAUCCUGUAAAACAGCAUUUGAGCCAU